UACUAUGCAAAUACUGACCUGAAAUUCCCUCUCUGCUCGCUACUCCAGUGCUGAACCAGUGCAAUGCUAAGGCUGCAACGUUAGCACGCUAUUUUGUCCAUUUUCGUAACCCUUGAGUGGGGCUACCUGUCGUAUUUUUUUACUCUCCUUUAUUUUCCUUUCUUAAGCAAACUGCAGCGGUUUUACGGACAUGCCUAACAUCGUGCUUUUUAGCGGGAGCUCCCACCACGACCUGUCCCAGAAAGUGGCUGAUCGACUGGGACUAGAGCUGGGGAAAGUGAUAACGAAAAAAUUCAGCAAUCAGGAGACAUGUGUGGAGAUCGGGGAGAGCGUGCGCGGCGAGGACGUGUACAUCGUGCAGAGCGGCUGCGGCGAAAUCAACGACAACCUGAUGGAGCUGCUCAUCAUGAUUAACGCCUGCAAGAUUGCCUCCUCGUCCCGUGUGACCGCAGUCAUCCCCUGCUUCCCCUACGCCCGGCAGGACAAAAAGGACAAGAGCCGAGCACCCAUAUCAGCCAAGCUGGUGGCAAACAUGUUGUCCGUGGCCGGCGCCGACCACAUCAUCACGAUGGACCUCCACGCCUCACAGAUCCAGGGCUUUUUUGACAUCGCUGUGGACAACCUUUACGCAGAGCCCGCUGUCCUGCAGUGGAUCAGAGAAAAUAUUCCAGAGUGGAAAAAUUGUAUCAUAGUGUCCCCAGAUGCCGGCGGAGCAAAACGCGUGACAUCCAUCGCAGACCGUCUGAACGUGGACUUCGCUCUCAUCCACAAAGAGAGGAAGAAGGCCAACGAAGUGGACCGCAUGGUGCUGGUGGGCGACGUCAAGGACCGCGUGGCCAUCAUGGUGGACGACAUGGCCGACACCUGUGGCACCAUCUGCCACGCCGCCGACAAGCUGAUUGACGCUGGCGCAGUAAAGGUUUACGCCAUCCUCACACACGGCAUCUUCUCCGGUCCCGCCAUCUCUCGCAUUAACAGCGCCCCGUUCGAGGCCGUAGUGGUGACCAACACCAUCCCACAGGAAGAGAAGAUGAAGGCGUGCCCGAAAAUACAGGUCAUCGACAUCUCCAUGAUCCUGGCGGAGGCGAUCAGGAGAACCCACAACGGCGAGUCAGUGUCCUACCUCUUCAGCCACGUACCCUUGUAAAGAAUGAGAGAGGGUGGCCCCCAGCCCCCCCCCCCCCCCUCCCUUGGGCUGGCCCUUGUUGCCGCAUAUCCUCCAGAAUAGGCUCGAAAAGAGGCCUGAUGGUUUUUGGCCAACCUCAAUAUGACUGUUUAAAAUGUCAUGGCCACACAUUGUUUGACAUUCUCACCCAGGAGACAGAGCGACAUAUCACGUCCUUCUCUGAAGACCAAGUUUGUAUUUAUGGAUAUGUUUUUCUUUUUUUAUUUCUUAAUUUUUAUUUUCAGUUUCAGUCUUGCCAACCUUGAUCACCCGAGGCCUGGCCUUCAUUUUAACCAAAGGCUCCAUUAUGUAACUAUGUAUUAUUUGUACCUCAUAUUGAACUCACGUUUAAACAAAGCAUUCCACUAUGUCAUGUGAUGAGAAAUAUUUUUGACCCAUUCGGCUUCAUAAAGUCAUUAAAAUAGUUGAGAAUGUGGUAUAGUGUUUGCUUUAACAGCUGCUAAAAGUUUUAAAAUAAAAUCGCCUAACCCAUAAUGCUAUAUUGAUUGUAAAAUGUUAUGCUUAGUGCUAUCAUCAGGCCACAGUUUAAAAUCUGCACCGCAAGUGGAAAUGUGUUCUGACCACAGACACAAACAGGAGUCAAAUGAAAGAUACACAUGUAAUUUACUCACUUUUAGUUUUCUCUCUUUUUUUUAUUUUUUUUUUAAUUUUUUUUUUUAUUAGUGAGCCACAUGAAUGUGUCAUUUCUCCCACAAUAAGCUGCUGUCGCCCAUCGGUGGCUCAUCUGUAUGACAACCUUUUCCUUUUAAUAAUUGUGCUUAAAAAAAACGAAACGUAUUGACAAGGUCUGUUGAUUAAAGGUGUAUAAUACGAGGUGUAGUUGGGUGUUUUACCUCUGUUCCAAAAGGUCAUGAAAUCAAGUUGAGCCCUAAGCUUGUUAUAGUGUUAUGAUUUCUACCGUAAUAUGUCUUAAAAAUAGUGACAUUGUCAUCACAGCUGUAACGGGUCACUUAUAUUUGAAUGAGGCAGGUUUCACUGUUUGCCUGUAGGUGAAUUAAAAAGGUUUUUUGGUGGGAAAGCGUGAUUUAAUUUUUUUGUUAUCCCUUGAGAGCUGUUCAUUUGACAAUAAAGCUUUGACAAUGGCUUACA